AUGACAGAUUCUUCCAGUCAUGCCGUUGAUCGGCACCACUCCAAUCUUGGCCUGCACAAUGUAGCAAUACCUGACUCGUCACUCGACCCUGCGUCUUCACCUGAUUUCCCCCUAGCAGCAUCAGGCUCCACAAAACAAGCGCUUCCCAAAAAGGGUUUCCGAGUUCGCGUCAACUCGUUUGGCGCCGCUGUCAUGCUGAAUAGCAAGGCCACCUCAUCCUCCGAUCCAGCGCCAUUAGCACAGCAGCCCAAAUCGUCCAAAUUCAAGAUGCGAGCUCGAUCAGCCACAGUGAACAACCUUCAGAUGCCUACCUCGCAUUCCGUUCAAGCGGAUAAUUUCAAUCCAGCCUCAUCCUCGUGCGCGCCACUAUCCCCAACCCCUCACCAUCAUUCUCCGCCACCGCAUUCUCCGCAAACUCGUGAUCCAACUCUCCUCUCACCUGCCGCCUCCAAGCAAUCCGAACUAUCGGUUACGGCCGAGUCGGGGAAUGGCUUUAAUCGUCGCAAGUUCUUCGGCAGAAGCAACAGCAUCAGGAGUCUCCUUGGUGGUAACUCGGCUACCUCAUCAAAUACCACCAAGGCAGGCUCCUCACACGUCAGCGAACCAAACCCAGGCACGAUCACAACAACAACAACAACACCUACAAUGGGCUCUGGACUUCUGAGGCGCAUGAGCAGUAAAAGCUUCCUCAACCUCAACCAGCCCAAAACGGGUGCUAAAGCCGCUAACAACUCGUCUUCUGAUGACCUCUCAUCCACGACAUCCGUCGAGUCUCACGCCUCUCGACGCUUUUCUGACUCGCUCAAGGGCAUGCGUUCUCGACGCGGAAAUUCCAUCUCGAAAGAUACGACUAAAUCGCGAUCCCUCUCAUCGCGCUCAAGCUCUGAAGCUCGCACCGCCCGCCUCACGCACAAGGAGAUUCUCCCCCCCAACAGCUCCCGCAGAAGCACCGAUAGCACACAUUCCAGUUUAUCUGUCAGCUCAGCCGAGCCACACCCGCCUUCAUCGGAAGCAGACCACUCUGGUAACAUGGCACAACCCGCCCGUGAAGCUCAGGACUCUUUCACCAACGCUCCCAGGCGCCUCACCGGAUGGCUCUACAAUAUGGUCAGCAGCGACAACACUCCCUCGUCCGUAGAGGUUGGCGCACCCCUCUCUCCCGUUCGAGAAGCAGACGCUAUCGACUUUUCCCCCUCCAGCCCUACGACUCAUCGUCAAAAUCCUCGCAUUUUAUCUCACCAAACGCCAGCGCAGUCGCUCGCCGCAUCGUCUCAAGUCGAUGCCAGUCAGCCUGUUUCCACGACCAGUAGCGCUUCAACUCGCUCAAAGGCCGGCGCUCUGUUCCAGUCUCUGUCCAAUGCUAGCCCAAAUCGAGCCGUUAGGAUGACCAAUGCAGCCACUGGCGACAACAACGGCUCUGGUUCCGUGCCAGGAACCACCAGCCAUACUAUCUCGAGCAACCAUGGCGGCGCUUCGUCAAAUUCUACCAGCAACGCAACCACUGGUGGCGCAAACACAGGCAGUUGGGUUCCAGGCGGCGUCAAUUUCGAUCGCGCGUUUAAGUUCUUCAUGGACCACGAUCCUAGUAGCAAAGACGAUGAGGGCAUCUGGUUGCUCGGCGUUUGGCAUGGGCCUCGACAAGCGGGUAAAGUGAAUUCUUCAGAAGCAUCGGUCUUGCCACCAGACUUGUCCACGUCCACAUCACCGUGCGCUCCUGAAAUGACAGCGUCCACCACCUCGAAUGCACGAAACAUCGAUAGGCCCCGAGCGUCUUCGCCCUCGUCCAGCCUCUCCGCAUCCUCUCCGCGUCAGAGUCCUUCCGAACUGGUCCAUGCCUCUCUUGCGUCCUUGCCGCCAUUGCACGACCGUGCUUCGAUCCCAACCACCAGAAAUGAAAGCCGCGUGGGCAGCUCGAUUUCCACCGCGGCGACCGCCUCAACCUCCAACAGCAUUCGCACCAAGUCGUCAACUACCAGCUUUAGCGUCGUAAACCAGGCUUCCAUUCCUGCUGCAGUCGAUCGCCAAUUUGCUUUUCAACCUGACUUUGCUUCGAGGAUCUGGUGUACCUAUCGCAACCACUUUGCGCCCAUCUCGAGGGACGGCACCAUCUCGGAUCAAGCUGCCUCAGCGGCUGAGAAUAUGGGUGUGGCUCAAGAAUCCGUGUUGCAAGAUACGUCUGCGUCAUCGACAUGCUCGGCCGUACCUUCAUCCUCAGAGGCGACUCGGUCGAGUAGCCCACCUGCUUCUACCGGCCGCGGUUGGUUGGGCCGCAAGACUGCGGAAAGCAACGCUGCUCAGGACGCUGCACUACAAGCCAACUCUCCAUUGGGACUUGGCGCAGCGUUGGGAGCUGGCUAUGCGAACGCCUCGUCAACGUUGGGCGAAAGGAUGGGCAUCACCAACCUCUGGAGCAGGGCCACUGCCGCUGCUCAGGCUGCCGGGUUCAGUCGCGCUGGUCUUACAACCGACUCUGGAUGGGGAUGCAUGCUUCGCACUGGUCAGAGUCUUUUGGCCAAUGCCCUGCUAAAUGUCCACCUCGGUCGUUCCUGGCUGCGAGAAGCACCCCCGAUGCGGCAGAUGGAUUUUUUGGAACAGCUCGCUAGUCUAUCGCUUGACUCCUCCGUCGAGAUGCAGAGCUUGCAGGAAUGGAGAGAAAAGCGAGCUCGUCAUGCCGCCUAUAUCAAGAUUCUCAGCUGGUUUCUCGACGACCCAAGUCCUGCCUGUCCCUUUGGCGUACAUCGCAUGGCCAGAGAAGGCAAGCGGCUCGGCAAAGAAGUCGGAGAGUGGUUCGGACCUUCCACAGCAGCAGGCGCCAUCAAGCAGCUGGUUACCGAAUUUCCGGACGCUGGCAUCGCUGUUGAGCUCGCGCAUGAUGGCGUUUUUUACCUCGACGAGGUGCGGUUGGCAGCAGGCGCCAGAUCCGCGCUGCAGUCCGGGAAAGGACGACAGGGCGAUGCUGCUGUCACCUGGCGUAGACCGGUAGUCAUCUUGAUCGGCAUCCGCCUCGGUCUCGACAGUGUCAAUCCGAUCUACUACGAAUCUGUCAAGGAAACCUUCUCGUUCCCACACAGCGUUGGCAUAGCUGGAGGUCGACCCUCCUCCUCGUAUUACUUUAUGGGUCAUCAGGGCAACUCGCUCUUCUACCUCGAUCCGCACAAUGUCCGCCCUGCUGUUGCGCUCCGUUAUCCUCCUAGCACCUUUCCAACUGCCGUGCCGCAUCAACUUGAUGUGGCCCAUCGCUUUGCGCUCGAGGACAAGGAUGAUGAGCUAGAAUGGUGGUCGCACGCCUAUACAGAAGCUCAGACCUCGACGUUCCACUGCGAAAAGGUGCGCAGAAUGCCGAUCAAGUCGCUAGACCCCAGUAUGCUGUUGGGCUUCUUGGUCAAGGAUGAAGAGGAUCUCAUGGAUCUGUGCACCCGCAUCAAGGGUUUGCCAAAGACCAUUUUUUCCUUUGCUGAGUCUGCGCCAAAGUGGGUCGAUGACGAUGAUUUCGACCCGAGCAUGGAGAGCAUUUCGGAGCCUUCCGUCGAUGAGGAGUCUGAGGUUGAUGGCGAGGACAAACAAGAUGUGCAGGCUACACACGAAGGUGAGCCUAUGCAGAGAACGCGUGCGUCAGCGAACGCUGAGGACACUUCUCCUGCAUCUUCGAAGGGAACGGACGCGAGAUCAAGCGACAAGAUGUUUAGAGAGAGUCAACAGAGAACUGCGGCAUGGCUCGGUCAAGGCCAACGCUUGAACAGCUCGAGGGAGGCAUCGCACGCGAGUUCUGUAAGCGGUGGCGGGAUCGCGUUUCCAUCUCUCGACUUACUCACACCUCAAUCGGAAGGACACACACUACAGAGACCGUCGCGUUCGGAUGUUCGACAGGUGUCGACAUCUUCAGCUACGACCACACGGCCAGCGCGAAGAGCGCUGGAAACUGUACCCGCGGCAGGUUCGAAGGUUGGCCGAGAACUCACGGUGUCCCAGUCCACCGCUUCUCCUUACACGGAGCAAACCCCGCCUUGGCGCAGUCCCGGCAAACUCGGCACAAAUGAAAGCUCCUCGACUGUGCACCUGUCUGACUCGGAGGUAGGAUCUGGGUGGGAGGAGGUUUCGGACGGCGGCACGAUUGCACCUUCUGGCUAUGCAGGGGCUAGCGUGCUGCGAACGAGCUCACCAUUUCGAGUGUCUUUGGCAACGAAAAGCCCUACUACUGGUGUUCAAGGGACCGCAGAUGGUGGACAAGUGGUCGAUGUGGCCGCCUCCGACCUGAUCGAGGGUGACUUGGUAAGCCUCGAUAUGAAUCCACCUGAGGAGGCGCAAGGCGGAGCGACGCAUCUGCUGUCGCACACGAGCAAGAGCUCUGCUACGACAGACACGGUGACGGCAAGCUCUGCGAGCGACUCAGCUGCGACAGCUCAAGAUGAGAGCUACUUUGGCCUAACAUCUGCCCACAAACCACUGGCGUUGCCAAGGAGGAGGUCGCAGUCCAAAGGUUCACCGAUCGAGUUGGCGACAGCUGUGCCAACCGAUGAUGCACCGCCUGUACCUGUCGUCCCUGCCGCGUUUCUUGCGGAACUUGGACAGAGCAAGAACAAGAGCAAUGCUGCGCCUGAUCUCAACGAUAGCGACGACGACUUUUAG